AUGGGCGGUGGUUUAUUUGAAUGUUCGAUUGAUUACAUGCGAAUGAUGACACAAAUCAAUGCACAUUUGAGACUGAGUACACAAGAAAGGAAAGAACUUUUCGAUUCAUCGAAUGAGUCGCCAAUGAAUCGAGCACUUUCACAACAAUUCCCAGUUGAGCACAUGGUGCCCGUCGAAUUGUCAGCG